GGCAAAGCCAAAAGCAGGUGCAAAGGCUCCAGCUAAUGCACUGCCGGAGUAGAUGUUGGAGGAAGUCAUCCCUUCAUUGAAAACAAUACUUGAAACUCAAGAUGAUAUCUCUGAAAUCGACGUCACUUUCCAAGACAACAAGUUGGAAGGUUCAUUCAUGAAGGAGGGCUGUCCCUACUUGUUCUGGGCCUUCUUCCCUGAUGGUGUCCUUACAGGUCCAAAAGGUUUCUCCUUGUCUUCAUAUGGUUCAGAGCAAGCAUUGUUGAGCCAUUUCUUGUUGAUGAGAAGAAAAUUACAGCGAGGCAUGUACUUUUCUGGAUUGAAAAACGUUUGGCUGCCCAAGGAAUUAUCCCCGUCUGGAAAGACUUGACUUUUUAUACCAUAGUCUUAUUGCUAUGUAACACUUAAUUCGCUUACAAAAUUUUCCAAUUCAUUUCAGCUAGAAAAAAGAAUUAUCACUCCCACCAUGAUGUAAAUCCUCAAGCUGUAAUAAUAUAUGGUUAAGAAUGGCAUUACAGGUUUAAUUUCUGAAUUAACAAAA